CCCUCUGAAUCCCAAGAUGAAGAAACCUCUAAUAUUUGGACAUCUUAAUAAUUAUUCAUAAUUAAGUAUGAGAUCACAGGCAGAUCUACCUUGUUUGAAAAUCUCAGCCUUUUUUUUUUUGUGCCCAACAUUUUGUUUUUUACCCACAUUUUGAGUGCUCACUCUGAGUCCCUAUGCUAGGCUGGGCUUUUUUCCUUUCUAAACACUCAGAAUUUUCCAGUUUACCUUCAACUCAGCCGUGCUAAAAGCUUCAGGCUGUCCUAGUCCUAAAAGUCAGUGGAAUGAGUCCAGCUUUGAGUUUAAUAGACAACAUUUAACAUCUCUUGCCUUUGGGUGGGUCUUCUUUCUUAUCCAAACAGAAGUCGAACCCUUGCUAAAAUGUGAGGGAAGAUUCAUCAAAAAAAAAACCCUUUUCACUGCUUUCUCGGCAAGUAAAUAAUGAUUUCAAGGCCUGGAGCACCUCAGAGAAGUUCCCCCACUCCUGGUCCAGCUGCCUGCGUGGUCUGGCACUGAGCUGAGCAGAUUACCAAUGGCACUUCAUCAAAUGCCAUCAAACACACAAAUUGCAUUCGGACCUUUUGAUGAGAUGUUUGUAAUGAAAACACAACUGCCGCCCCAAAGUCAGGGUUUAAGGCCCUGAUUUUAACAUUCUUUUAGCUCAGGAACAGCUGAGCAGCUGUGGAUGGCCUGGAGCUCUCCCUAGUGAUCCUCUGGUGCUAAUUAGUAUAAUUAACAACACAGAAAGCACAGGGGCUGGUUCGUGGAUGCCACCUGGGCAGAGUCAGGCACAAACCUUACUCAGAAGGAUUAAAAUCCAAAUGAAUAAGAGAAAGGAGACAAAAGCAUUGUUUCCUCCGUGUCACAGAUAAAGACACACCCAGAAAUGGACCUGCCAAAGAUCAGAGACAGAACAAGGAGCUCAUCCAGGACUUUGUUCCCUCAUGGCUCAGAGACCUGACCCUGUCUAGGAAACCAUUUCGGGUGGGACGAAACUUUGGGUUGGAACAAGAUGAUUUUAAAUGUUGUUAGAUGAUUUUAAAUGUUGUUAGAUGAUUUAAAAUGUCACUUCUAACCCAAACCAUUCUGUGACCCUGUGAACACCAGGGGACAGGGGACAGUUCCCCCAUCUCCAGCCAGCUGGGCUCUGUCCCACUGUGCAGAAUCCCUGGACAGUAUUGUACUACUUUCCUCUCCUUGUUCCAUCUUUCCUGCAGGAAAUUCUCUUUUUAGAUCCCCAAAAAUCCCAUGUUAUCUCAUAAACAGGAGCUUGUUAUCUGCCUUCCACUCUCCGGUCUCUGCAGGAAUUGUGAGCCCGAGUGGAAAAAUGAAAUGAAAUGAAAUGAAAUGAAAUGAAAUGAAAUAAAAUAAAAUAAAAUAAAAUAAAAUAAAAUAAAAUAAAAUAAAAUAAAAUAAAAUAAAUAAAAUAUUUAAACCCUCAUUUGAGAGUGCUCUUUCUUUCUGGGCAAUAUGGGAGUGAAUUACGGUAGUGGUGAGGCUGCCGCUGUGCUACAUCAGCAGAGCAGCGCAGCUCCUGCUGCUCCUGCCCAGCGUGGAGCUGAGCCCUGAACGGGCACAGAUCCCCCCGGGGAGCCUGGAGCCAGCCCCCCACAGCCGCGGGACACGGGGAGCCAGCUGGAAUUCCACCGGGAGAACAAAGCGAGGAAAGCAGAGGGUUUGCAGGCAGAGCCCCAUCCCUGCGUGGAAGAGGAGCCUGCUGUGCCGGGAACCCCUUCCCAGAUGCUGCGAGGGGCUGCGCUGCCUUCUGGGGACUGAGCAGGAUCUGCAGAGAGCACAAGAGCACGGCCCUGCAAGCUCCACUCUUCCCCUCAGAGCGAGCCAGGAGCUGAUGUAAAUGAGCUUUAAUUGGCAGCCCACGACCCCAACUGAUGAGUUCUGCGUGUGUGGAGAGCUCUGACUGACCUGGACCCCGAGGAUGGGCAGCGAUGGGCAUCUCAAACAAAACUGCUGAGCAGACACAGCAGCAGCCUCCACCCAGUCAGGUUUCUAAGCCAGUUUUAAGGCAGAGUCAGGGCUAACACCAGGCAAUUAAAAGCAUCACUGAUUUCCUCUCAGGAGAAGCUAAAUUGGAGACCCUUUGGAAUAUUUUACUUUCCUUAAGUGCAGAAUCUUCCCCAAGAGACAGAAAUGAUGUUGACCCGCAGCUCCAGCAUUUCUCAUCACAUAUCCCUGGAAAUUGGGAUCAACAGCCUCAGGUUUGUGUAGCCCCAAGGAAAAUGCAGGAGUUAAAUUUGGCUUGGAACUGGUGAGUAUCAACCGUGCUAUUCUGGUGAAAGCUUAGGAGCAAAGGUAGGUUUUUCUAACAUGUUUCUGGAUCUUUCUCGUUGCUGCUGGUGCUGCAGGUCUAAGACAUUCUUCAAAACUCUUUUCCCCAGCAAGGCCAGGCAAAUGUUGCCUAUAGGACCUUCCAAGAACUGAUCUUGCCACUGCUCCUGCCUGGAAAGGGGGCGAGGUUCAGCAGCCUCACAUGGACAUUACCAGCCAUGGCUUUCCUCGCUGGAAACUCCUCCGAGUGCUCCAACUGCACACACUCCGUGGAGCCCGUAAACAUUUCCAAGGCCAUCUUACUGGGCGUUAUUCUAGGGGGGCUGAUCGUUUUUGGGGUUUUGGGCAAUAUCCUGGUUAUCCUGUCCGUAGCCUGCCACCGGCACCUCCAGAGUGUCACCCACUAUUACAUCAUCAACCUGGCUGUGGCCGACCUCCUCCUGACCUCCACCGUGCUGCCCUUCUCAGCCACCAUGGAGAUUUUGGGCUACUGGGUGUUCGGGAGGAUCUUCUGCAACAUCUGGGCGGCCGUCGACGUGCUGUGCUGCACGGCCUCCAUCAUGAGCCUCUGCAUCAUCUCCAUCGACCGCUACAUCGGGGUGAGCUACCCCCUGAGGUACCCAAGCAUCGUGACAGAGAGGAGGGGCCUGCUGGCCCUGCUGUGUGUCUGGGCACUGUCCCUGGUCAUCUCCAUUGGGCCCCUCUUCGGCUGGAAGGAGCCGGCGCCGGAGGACGAGACCAUCUGCCAGAUCACCGAGGAGCCCGGCUACGUCUUGUUCUCGGCGCUGGGCUCCUUCUACCUGCCCCUCAUCAUCAUCCUGGUGAUGUACUGCCGGGUCUACGUGGUGGCCAAAAGGGAGAACCAAGGGCUGAGCUCGGGCAUGAAGACCGAGAGGUCCCACUCCGAGGAGGUGACGCUGCGAAUCCACCGCAAGAACGCGCCCGGCGCCGGCAGCUCCGCGCCCAACCCCAAGAGCAAGCACCACUUCUCCGUGCGUCUGCUCAAGUUCUCCAGGGAAAAGAAAGCUGCCAAGACCCUGGGAAUAGUUGUGGGAUGCUUCGUUCUAUGCUGGCUCCCGUUUUUUGUAGUAAUGCCUCUUGGUUCUUUCUUUCCUGCAAUCAAACCCCCGGACACACUUUUUAAAAUAACAUUUUGGCUGGGAUAUUUAAACAGCUGCAUCAACCCCAUCAUCUAUCCAUGCUCAAGUCAAGAGUUCAAGAAAGCGUUCCAGAACGUCCUGAAAGCUCAGUGCCUCCUGAGGAAGCAGCCAACAAAGAAGCAAACCCCCAGCUUCAACCUCAACCACCCCGCUGGCCAGAGCAUGGAGAGUGGCAGGGGGGUGGUCAGGAUCCCCGUGGGAUCGGGAGAAACCUUCUACAAGAUCUCCAAGGCGGACGGGGUCUGUGAGUGGAAGAUCUUCUCCGCCGCGCCCGCCAGAAGCGCCGUCUCCAAGGACUGCACGGCUGCCAAGGCCAAGAGCAAAGGGUUCCUGCAGGAGUGCUGCUGCGCAGGUGCUGCAGGGAGCCUGGCCCACGAGAACUGCAAGGUGCCACCAGUCAAGAUCCACUCGCUGUCCCUGGGGGAGAGCGGGGAGGACGUGUAACGAGGCUGGCGGCCUCGCGGGACGCCGCGAGUUCUCGCCGGGGAGUGGGAGUAGGGGUGGUGGUAGCUGAAGGGAUCCAGAUGUGGACAGGUGAAAUGGGGCCAGGUCUUUGGAGGAAGGAUGUCUGUGAGGGGUGGGGGCGUGAAUGGAGCCCCCCAAGGACAGUGCAUGGCUUCAGUGGCGUUCUGAGGGUCCGGCAGCUGCCAGGCGUUUUCGUGGCAUUUAGAGGCUUUAUACCUCUCUUUCAAAGUUCCCAUUGCUCUCAUUGAGGGGCACUGGAGGAGGAGGAGAGAACCACAAAGACCCUGUGCUGAUUGCAGCCUACACCCUCUCUGACAGCUCCACCUUCAGAGCCAUUUUGUGAUCCCACCCCUCCCCAUAAAGCCAAACCUCAGCUGUGGAUUUCAGUCAACUCCAUUGCCAAGGAAAACUUGAUCCAAGUGACUCCACCGAGCCUCAGAGACCAAGGAGAACUUUCCCUUUUUGUACAAUCAGCCUCUCUAAUCUCCACACCAAACCAAAUGAAUGUUUGCAUGUGCCCCUGGUUUGUUCAGACCAUCCCUGCGCCUUGAUGCGGGUCUAAUAAAACUCAAAACUAGGUAAGUCCUCCUCAAACAAGGCUCAGAGAGCUCACUUGCAUUCACCUUUUUUAAAUUUUUUUUUCAUCUUCUGAGCCCAUCAGGAACCUGCUGAAAUGCUCAGCAAUCCCUUGCUCAGGUGCUCGAUAGCCAGGUCAGUGCCACAGCCACUGGAAAAGCUGCAGAUUUUUCUCGUCUCCCUGCCCAGUGUUUUGCUGCAUUCCUUUUCCCCGCUCCUUCAAUACCAAGUGCUCAAAGCUUUCUGUGAGAUCCUGGGUACUCUGGAGUCAGGAACUUUCCCCUUGUUCUGAGCAGGGGGAGUUAAGCACGUUAAAAGGCUUAAGGACAUCCAUCCCCACGAGAAAGGGCCGUCCCUCGGGAAUUGGGGAGCGGAGCAUUUGGAAGCAUGUUAUAUUUUAAUACAGCUAAUCCAGACAAAUAAAUAAAUGAGACGGCCAGCAUCUGGAAGGAAUAGUGGGAGGAAUUCUCUGUAUAAUAUUAGAAAUAAGCAGCUCUUGACAUAGCUCCUCCUGAGCCUGCCAAGAAAGGAUUCAGCUCCUUGAGACAACCCUCGAGCCCCUGCUCUUGUCUGUGUCAGCUCCUGUGCUGAGAAUCCACUGCCUGGAAAAGGGAAAGGGCUUGAGAUAAGGGUCGUUAUCACAGGACAGGGCCUUGAAACAACACCUUGGUGGUGUUGAUGAGAAAUCCUUAUUUAUUUAUCUCUCACUCAGUGUUAAGUCCCCAAUGUCAAGAGGAUUUCUCUCCUGUGUCUUUUAUUGAUGCACUCACAGGACAAAAAUCUGUGGCAUGAUCUCAGCUUUAGCUCAAAUAAGAAAUCCACCUCACUCUUCAGGUUCUCCAGGCCUAGAAUUUGAAGCUAAAAUGUGGAAAUGGCAUGUAAGAAAAUAUUCUCAUGGUGCUUCAAGCCAAGAGCAGAAGGAGAGAAGCUGGAAAUCUCAUAAGAAAGUCACGUGAGCCUCAUGGCCGAGGUUUCCAGUCUCACAGGGUUCAGAUUCGUGGGACGUGCAUUUGGACAAAACCUGAACUUUGCAACAUUUUUCAAAAACACCCCUUUAAACUGAGCAAGACUGGCAAGAUUUGAAGCCUUCACUGCACACCCUUGGUGCCCAACCCUGUCUUAUUCUGUGACCAACACUUGUUUUAUAACCAGUAAGGUCCUUUUUGCCAUCUCUGCUUUGGAGCUGGGAGAUUUACACAGGUUUUGCUGCAGUAGUUGCAGAUUUAUUGAGGUUUCAUGGAGUCAGGCAAGGAGUUGUUGUGGAGCUACACACGGAGGCUGCCACAACUGGAUUAAUUCCAGAGCAAUCCUAGUGCAGCAAUAUCAUCUGACCCUGUAAGAUGAAGAUAAAUAAGUCAGCCUGCUGCUGGCAGUGUCAGGAUGGAGGCAGCAGAGUUCUGCGUGGCAGAGGGUUGGAAUAAUGAAGUUUUGGUCUCUUUUUUUUUUUUUUUUUUUUUUUUUUUUUUUGUCGUCACCAAACAGAUGCUAAAGGACCUCUCUGUGUCCAGUGACUCUGAAAAGCUCCCAGCCCUCAGCUUCAGGUGAGCCUGGUCCCAGCCACACCUCUGCUGCUGCCAGGUCUGCCUGCAAAAACAAACCCAGCAUUGGUUUGGCUCCCUCAGAGAAUUUCUGCAGGAAGACUGCCCCAUUCCCUUGCUGCAAGAGGGGUCAUUGCCACUUGUCAUCUCGGUGGAUAUUUGGACUGAAAAGUCUCAAAAACCAUAGAAGGAGCUCUAGGAAACAGGAAAAAAAAAAAGGAGUGCAGAUUUAGGCAGCCUGGGGUUUUUUCUGUUAUUUAAAGUGAACUUGGCACUGGUGGAAGAGCUGCAGCCACAGAGGCUGAGUCUGUCUGUCUGUCUGAAAGCACAAACAGGACAGGAGGUUUCCCAGAGGCCGCACGUCCAUCAUCACUCAUAAAACCUCCCCAGCAUCGGGAUCCUGCCCUGUGAGAGCUGGCAGGAGCUCAGGGCAGAGACCAGAGCGUGGCCGGGCGGGGUGUGGGGACAGUGGAGUGCCAGGAGCUGCCCCUCAGGCAGUGACCCGCACUGAGCUGGCAGGGGACGUGUCCUGCUCUGACACCACCGUCCCCUGGGUCAGGGAUCUCUGUCAGCACUGACAGCCAGGAUUUCCAUGCUGGGUGGAGCAAUUUCUGCUGCAGAGAGCUGGAAAACCACAGAGAUAACCCUGAAUUUGAGGUGAAGCAGAUCACCCACCCCUCCUCAUCCCAGGGCAGGGAAAGUUCAGGAGUCCAGGCUCCACACUCAGUUCAGAUCCUACUGUCUGAUGUUUUUGAGGCUUCGUGUACUUUGCAAGAUUAUUCCAAUCCCAAAUAUUUAAGUUCUGCCCACUGUCCAAAUAAAUGUCUUCCCAUUUUUAUAUUCUUUAUUUUGCUCCGCCAGCUCCAAGGAUAAAUUGUGCAUUGUGUAAAAGAAUAUUCUCCUUUGCCAGGCCUUAAUGUCCUGAAAAUCCAUAGUUCUGAAAAGAAGAAAGAUUAAGCCAGGAAUAUUUCUUACUUCUCUACUUGGAGUAAGCAAAUGGAUUUCUUCACAAAAUUUCCCUGCCUGACUUCUUCAAUUUUCUGAAUGUCAACACUGACAGGCUGCAGCACCUUAUACUGAUGGAAGUCAGUUUAAAAAAGUUCUCAUUGUUUUCCUGAAGUGCCCAGUUCUAGGUGUGCCUGCUGGCCCUGAGCUACUGUUGCUCACGUCUCAGUGGGGUUUUAUUAGGAACUUCAUUUAAAAAUAAAGCUGCUGAGGCACAGAGCAAAUCAGUGAUUCAUUUCAGCUGUCCCAGGCUGGGUAAUUAAAUCCACAUUUUACCCAGAGGUACCUUGAUCCUCUUUCCUGUCUUAAUAUGGUUUGGACAAGCAAGACGAUGUUGAAAAUGAACUCGAGGGGAGAGGCUGUUGACACCAAUUAUUCCUGGAUGAUCCCUUCCGACAGCAGAGCUAAAGAGAAAAGUCAGUUGGGCUUCCAAGUGUUGCUCCAGGCAAAUCUGGGACCUGCACCAGGGUUGUUCUUUGCCAGAAGAGGAAAAAAAAUCCAGCAGGUCCUGAGAGAGCAGCAUCUGCUCCCUGCCUGCACCCCUCACACACUCAAAUACCUGUGAAGGUAUUUUGUACAUGACAAAAGUGUUGCAAAAACCACAAGACACCACAGGGGCAGCUUCUGGUGCAGGAAAACACAGAAUACAGGAAAUAUCUUCCCCUCAGCUUGAUAGGUGUGAUUGAAUCUCUGAUUUCCCACGAGGAGGUGGAGCAUUUGACAUAACUCGUCCUGAGUUAUAUUUUAAUACAGCUAAUCUAGAUACUAAUUUAUAUGUUAAUACAGCUAAUCCAGAUAUUAAUAUAUGUGUUAUUAUUUUAAUUAUAUAUAUAUUAAUACAGCUAAUCCAAAUAUAUUAAUAUAUAUUUUAAUACAGCUAAUCCAGUCUCAGCAUUUGUCUCAGAGGCUGGGGUGAAAUGUCAUUCCUUCUCCUCUGCAGAUUUCCUCAUGCUGACAGAGGAGGAGAAAACAGCAAAUGUGAGCUGAGGGGAAAUGGAUUGCUGAGGAGGAGAGCUGGGGAUGGCACCAAUCACACCAGAAAUGACACACAGAGGGCUCAGAGCUCAACUUCAGGAGCGUUUCUGUCUCAGUGCAGCUCUGAGCUCAAUCCCAGGACGAGGAGCAGCCUCUCCUUUAUCCUCACAGUGACACCAAGAUCUCUUUUUCAGAGUCAAAAACCUCCACUUGUUAAUGGUGAAAGUAAACAUCAUUUUAUAGUGCUCAGCCUCUCAUCAAAGGAUGAGACUUUUCUUGCAUCCAUCCAAAUUUCUUUUAUCAGCUGCCAAAACUCGGCCCUUGUAAAUCUUUUGCUGAAGCAGAAAAACACAAACCUGCCCAGCAUUUCAGCAGAUUUCCACUUUAAAAGCAAAUCCACCCAGCCAGUGAGAGAAAACCUCCCUGAAUUUCACUGAAUGCUCAAUUCUUUCUGACAGUACCACUGUGGGAAUUGUAUAAAGCUGGUUUGGUCUUUUUUUAUGUUUGUUUGUUUUUGCUUUGCCAGUCUUUGGUUGCAAAAGAAGUUUGGUUUUUUGUGGGGUUUGGGUUUUUUUCCUUUUGCCUGCAUGUUGUACAAGUUUAACUGGUCUUCAAAGAUUCCUCUGGAAACAGACACUGCAUUUUCUGGAUGUGGCAUUCCUGUGUCAUUGAAUUUUCUAUGUGCUAUUUUCCAGCUUUGUCAUGUUUGAACAGUUCAUUUCCCUGGACAAAAUACUGAAUGUAUAUGAAAUCUUGCUAAGGUGAACAAAUAAAUUAUUGGGGGGAGUGUGCACUUUGGGAUAUGUGAGCUGCAAGUCUGCUUGGUUGUUUUUUUCUCCAAUUUAUUCAUAUUUGUCUUCCCCCUUUCAAACAUUUCAGGCACAGGAUCAGGUAGACAUUCCUCCCAAUACUUCUGGCUUUGGUGGGGUUUAGUAGGAGCAAAGUGCAAAGUGAAUAAAAGAAUUAAACUCUUAUUUCUUCUUUACAAAGUUCAUUUAAAAAACUUUGAAC